AUGUCUACAUCAAAUACCUACAACAAGAAUCAGCUGACAGACCACAACAAGAAUCAACUGACAGAACCACAACAAAAAUCAACUGACAGACCACAACAAGAAUCAGCAGACAGACCACAACAAGAAUCAGCUGACAGACCACAACAAAAAUCAGCUGACAGAACACAACAAGAAUCAACUGACAGACCACAACAAGAAUCAGCUGACAGAACACAACAAGAAUCAACUGACAGACCACAACAAGAAUCAGCUGACAGACCACAACAAGAAUCAGCUGACAGACCACAACAAGAAUCAGCUGACAGACCACAACAGAAUCAACUGACAGACCUACAACAGAAUCAGCUGGGGAGACCACAACAAGAAUCAGCGACCAGACCACAGCAAGAAUCAGCUGACAGACCACAACAGAAUCAGCUGACGAACUAG